AUGGGAAUAGAGGAACGAGAUUAUCGUAGAAGAUCAGAUGCAUAUUCUCACAGAGAUUAUUCUCGAUCCAGGGAUGACCGCCGCGACAGAGAUGAAGAACGUUACAGAAGACCAGAAAGGGAUCGUUAUGAUGACUCGAGGUAUCGCGAUUCAAGAUCAUGUGUCAGGGAAAGAAGUUCUGAUCGUCAUAGGAGUAACAGAGAUUAUGACUAUUCAUCACGAAAUGACAGAUAUGAUGAUAGAAGCCGGAGAAGAGAUGAUGACAGGUAUCCAAGGAGUUCAAGAUAUGAAGAUUCAAGAGGUGGUGGCCGUUAUUCUGAUAGAAGAACACCAGAUAGAGGCAGUGAUAGAUAUUCAAAUUCUAGGAAAAGUGGACGUUUCAGCGAUGAUAGACCAUCACGUGGAUCUUUUAGGGGACGUGGCGCACCUAGAGGUCGUGGUGGUAGAGGCGGUGGACGUGGGAACGCUAUAACACUUCAUAGUCUUGUAUUAGAAGAUUUACAUAAAGAAUGUAGUGCUGUAGACUUAAUGCGAUAUGGUUUGAUUAAUGUUGGUAUGCCAGAUGUUGCAGAUGUUCUUGGUGAUGGCACCGGAGUUAUUGGAUAUCAUGACCGUGUCAAAUUCGAUGAAGUUAAAGUUAUUCUUGAGAAAGAGAGGAAAAUACCAAUGUUAAAUGGUGGAUAUUCUGGCUUGACUGUUGUAAAAGAACAUUCUUAG